AUGUCCAACAAAACCACUGUGUCCGAUUUUCUGCUCCUGGAAUUCUCAGAGGUUCGGGAACUGCAGUUUCUACACUUCAUUGCUUUUCUGAUGGUGUACUUGGCCACGGUGACAGGGAACCUCCUCGUCAUCUUUUCAAUAGCCUUAGACCACCACCUGCACACCCCCAUGUACUUCUUAUUGAUGAACUUGGCCAUGCAGGACCUUGGUCAAAUUUCAGUCACUGUCCCCAAAUCCAUGAUCAAUUCCCUCCUGAAUACCAGGCACAUUUCAUAUUCAGGGUGUGUUGCUCAAGUCUUUUUCUUUCAUUCCUUCGCAGCAUCCGAUUUCUGUGUCCUCACAGUCAUGGCAUAUGACCGGUAUAUGGCCAUUUGCAAUCCAUUACAUUAUGAGAUGAUAAUAAAUAGGCAUGUCUGCAGUGAAAUGAUUGUUGGUGUAUGGGUCGCCGGUUUUCUGUAUGCUGGAUGGCACACCAGUGGGACUUUCGCAACCCAUUUCUGUUCUAACGUUGUUAAUCAAUUUUUUUGUGAUAUCCCACAGCUUAUAAAAUUGACUUGUUCUGAACUAAAUCUAAUUGAAAUGACUACUGUUGGGAUUGGAAUUUUCCUUGGCCUGGGCUGUUUUGUGUAUAUCCUUGUAACUUACAUACACAUUUUCACUACUGUGCUAAGAUUGUCUUCAAUGAAGGAACGGCAAAAGGCUUUCUCCACUUGCAUUCCCCAUCUCAUUGUCUGCUCCACAUUUUUAUUCACUGCAUGCUUUGCCUAUCUGAAGCCUGUCUCUAACACUCCAUCACAGCUGGAUUUGGUAUUUGCUGUAAUCUAUUCCUUGGUUCCACCCAUGUUGAAUCCUGUGAUUUACAGUAUAAGAAACAAGGAGAUCAAAAAAGCCAUGGCAAAAGUUUUGGGUUUUAGGUCCUUUUCAACCAGCACAUGA